AUGAGCUACGCGACGCGUGUGCUUCGACGAGAAGUCGAGCAGACGGAGCAUCCAAUUGGGCUGGGCUGGCUGCUUGCCAUUGCGCUCUGCGGCGGCAUCCUGCUCUUCACGGCAAUCGGAUUAUUGCUCGUAUGGUGGGUGAAGAAGACUCGCCAUCGCCAUUCGGGCCCGCGGAUGGUAUACGGAUAUUCGGCGACGCACAACUCACUCAUGCCGCCGUCAUCGUCGCGGCUGAUCAAGCGGCGGCUGCUGGGGUCCCAGUCAUUCAGCAAGGUCUCCAGUCGACUUUCCAGCCGGUUUUCGUUUUCUGGCGGAGCGCAGCAGCAUGCUGUGCCGCCGCCGCUGCCGACAUAUGAGGGCGUUCAACUGCCGGAGAGGAGAAGGACGGUUUCGAGGGGCAGGAAGAGGUCGAGGAGCUGGGUUGACGAGGAUGAUUUGCAUGGGCCGAAGAUGGUGCGGAACAAUAAGAGGAAUGCGAGGGACUCGUGGUUUGGGAGAGAUGGGCGCUUGGGGAUGGCGCCGACGCUGCCUAAUGUUGGCAUGUUUGUGCCAGAGUCUGAGAAAGGAUACGUGCAGGUUGGCGAGCAGCCGAUGGCGCAAGGCCCGCAGUCGAGAUGGCUACCGCGGAGCCAGACUGAGCCAAGGUUGGCUACGAUACCUGGCUCGCCGUUGUCGCCGCGCGAUGAUCGCUCAUCGUCGGUGGAAGUUGUGCCUCUCCCCGUUCGAGGAUUGACGGUGCCCGGUGCCCAGCAGCCAGCUCACAUCCGGCCGGCUCAUAUGCGGCCGUCAAAGACAGAUCCAAGCCUCAAGGGCAUCUUGCGUUCAACAGAGCUGAGGCUCUCUCAGAGGAGCUCGCGCUCUCCCGUCAAGGCAUCUGAAUCGUCGUCUGCCGUAAAGGUGUCGCCAACCAAAUCAUCUUGCAGCAGCCGAACUGGCGCAUCAGGGAGAUCGGGCCACGGCUGGCGUGCAUCGGGUAGUCCAUCCAAGAGAGGCGGCUCUUUUGCUGGAAGCAGAAACAACUCCACAAGCUCCAUUGGAAGCGCUGCGAAUAGCUUGAUCCUGGCGGCGACGCAAGAGCUUGAACUGCCUGGCGGUGCAUCUAGCCCUAGUAGAGCUAGGAGUGUGCAUUGGGAACAAGACCAACAACAGACGGGGAAUAGAAGCCCUGAGAGGGCCCAGUAUACGACGUCUCUGACUCAGAGCCCGCAACGACAGAGCCCUCAGCGACAGAAUGCCCAGAGACACAGUCCUCAACAGCAGAGUCCUCAACGGCAGAGUCCGCAGAGACAAAAUCCUCAGAUGAUGAGGAUGAUGCCCCAUGUGCAGAUGCAGGCUCCACACAUGAAGUUCCCCCAGAUGCAGCACCCGCAGCUUGUUUUCCCUCAGAUGCAACGUCCUUCCAUAUCGCAUGUCCAGCAGCAGCAUUCUUCAAAGAAGAGCUCUGAGCGUCGGAUGUCUGUUGACAGCGACAAAUCAAGCUCCCUGUCGACCCUCUACAGUACCAAUGAGCCGGAAGAAGAAGAAAGACCAAGACCACAGCAACAGCAACAACAAGCUCAAGAUGACGAUCCUUUUGUAGAAAAGGGCGGUCCCAGGAGGUGGCCUAGCUGGCAAGCGCGCCAGAGACAUCCAAACAUGGACUCGACGCAGAGGCGGGUGAAGGCGUUGAGUGUAGCAUCAUUGGCAUCAUUGACACUGGGCGAGCCGUCGGGUCCACCGCCGUCGAGACCAGUCUCGGCGAUUUCACGGCCGGGUAUGAGCUGUCAGGGGGGCUUGAUGCCUCCUGUGAUAUUUGAGCCGACACCAAGACCCGCCAAAAGAUACUCCAUUUCCCAGAUGCCCUAUCUGCUCGAGGCGCCUUCAGAAGCGAGCUUCGCCUCGGUGUCGGUGGACUCGGAUGCGACUGAAGUGCCCGCGAGCGAGAUGCAAAGAGUAGACUGGGUUGACAGCAGCGACUCGGCGUCGUCGAGUCCCACGACACCAACCAGGAAUACACAGUUCCGCGACACGUCCUCAUCGCCGUAUGACGAGAGAGAGAUUAUGUCCUUGUUGAUGGGGACGGCGCCGACUCAUCGAUCUUUACCGCUACCUCCUUCGCCUAGCAUGAUGGUUUCUGAUGGCAGCAUCGUCACGAUUCUUUCGCCUCCGCCUCGCGGCGACGGCGGAGGAGGUCUGGUGCGCCAGGCGUCUACCUCGAGUUCCAUAUACACUCUUGAAUCUUUCAUUACCGCCGAGCCAGGAACCGCAUUAACACCCUCGCCACCUCGCAGAUCUCCUAUACGGUCACUCGUCGAAGGUCAAAGGCUGAGCAACACUGUCGCCGAGCUGCGCCGGAUGAACAGCAUGAUCAGCACAUACAGCGUCGCGUCGUUGGCCUCCACGGUUGCUGGAGAAGGCGACUCGCCUACUCUCCCUGCGUCGUUGAGUAGCAGCGGCGCCGGGCUGACUGCGUCUCGAUCCAUUCGUAUUGGCACGGCAAGCAUUGGCAGCAGGCAUUACCUCAACAUUGGCAGCGAAACCAGGAGAUCCAUGAUUGUUACAGGCAGCCGUCGAUAUGGGCCGAGGAGAUCGUUGCACCGCCGCGCAGAGACUUACCAUUAUGGCAAGGAGAAUCUGGGGCUGGGCUUGCGACUAUCCUGCAUCAUGGACGAGACUAUCGAUGUUGUUACGCAAGAUGUCGUUGCGCAGGAAGAGGGAGAUGCAAUCGACGGUGACAACCUCGUCGAGAUUAUCGAGGGAAUCCCUUCGGUUGUACUGAGUCAGAAACUGACUCCCGUGGAGCAACUCAUUGCCGCGGAGCAGCGACAGAAUUUCCAUCGGGCGAGUAUGGAUAGCCUUGAGCUGUAUGACAAUGAUGGGUUUUUGCUGAGCUCGCCGGAGAGAGAUGCGAAGAGGAGAGGUGUACGAGUAUGAGCGAGCGAGC